AAAAGAAAAGCAAAAUUAGCAUCUAUAACAUUAUGUUCGUAUUUCUUACGCGUACUUUGUUAAGUUACGUUAAUCGUUAAAAAACAGAUAGUUCUAAAUAUAAUAAUUCUUAUGAUUAAUAUUAUUUGUCAGACAUGAUUGUUGGAUAAAUAAGAAAAAUGAAAGAUAGAAAGAAACGAGACAGGAGACAGUUUGCCUUUUCUCGUUAAAUAAAUAAAUAACAGAGGACGGUGGGAACGAGGAUGACGUGUACGUACCUGUCCACGAUAUCAUCCCUCUCGCUUUCUCUGAGAUUGGGCGAUGCCGUCCGUUGUUGGCGCCGUGUUUUUCUGUCUCACUCUUUCGCUCGUACUUCCCCUUAGCAAGCCUUGCGCCACCUGGCCGACGAAAGGUCUGGGAAUCUCUCUCGCUGGGUUGCGACUCCCCACCAAUGGAGCAUCGGGUUACCCCCACUCCUAUGCCCAAGCGUAGUAUCGGGUAUGACUGUGGUGGGGGGUUAUGGUAGCAGAGGGACGCGCGGGUAGGACGGCAGUCCUUCGACGGAUGCCUCGUCGUAGAGAAGUUUCGCUUCUCUUUCUGUUAUCCUCGCGAGAUAUUACAAGAGGAAACAAGGACGAUCGUGUUCUUAGCAUUUUACCACAUCUUGUGCUUCUUAUUCGAACCUUAUCCGUGUGUGUGUGUGUCUGUGUUAUUGUCUCUCUUUCUUUCUCUUUCUUUAAGUAUCAUUACUAUUUUUUCUUUUUCUUUCUCUGUCUUUUUCUCUCUCUCUCUCUCUCUCUCUCUUUCUCUCUUUCUCCCCCUUCUCAUGUCCUUGUCUUUCUCGUGCGAACGACCUACCACCCCUAUGCAGCUGAAGCUCUCGGUUUAGGUUAGAGCAAACCUAACUACUCGUUGUCAACGCCGCGUGCUCCGAAACCGGCUGUUAGUUCAUUUUUACCUGUGAUUAUCUUUUACUAUUCUCUUUCCUUAUUUCUUUCUUGCUUUCUUUCUUUUUUAAGUGUAUUUUAUCUUUCUCUCUCUCUCUCUCUCUAUUUUAUUCUUCUAUUUCCUUCUUUUUCUCUUCUUUCUCUCUCUCUCUCUCUCUCUCUCCUCUCUUUCUCUUUCCUGUGAACAAAGAUCUCGAGGAAGGAGAUUCAAGCAGAUUCAAGUUCGAGGAUCUUUCGUGGCUCCGUGAGAGAUCGUCGAGAGGAGAACAGCCAGUCAUCUUUUUUUCUUCGCUUCUUGACCUUCCUUGUCCUUACUGGAUAACGCCGAUAACUGCUCCUGAUAUUUUCACGAAGAAAAAGAACGUUUUUCUUCGUUGGACAAUAUGAUUUAAUGGCUUUCGGUACUCCCAAGUUUUGAUCAUUGGGAAAUUCAAACGUGAGAAGUUGUGUACGAUCAUCGUUUGGAAGGAUAAAAAGUGAAAAAGAAAUUAAUGGAAUGAAUUUCGUCUAAUGCCUUGGUUGUCCAUUAAUGGCAUAGAAGCACAUUCUCUUUUCACCCUCCAUUCAUAUUUCCUCUUUCAUCUUUAUCGAGAGGAGGGCGAGCCUAUCGAGUGAGCCCCUAUAAAGCACCCUCGACUCCAUCGUCUUUCAUCGUCAUCGUCACCGUCAUCGUCACCGUCAUCGUCAUCGACGUCGACGUCGUCACCAUCGUCGUCACUAUCGUCGUUGAACAAAAGAGCUGCGUCAAGAACAGAAGGCUCAGCUUUGCUGAAUCGUUGCUCUCCUCACCUAAAAGAAACCUGACGAGAGCAUCCAUCGAUACUGCCCUCUUCGUUGUUACAUCGCUUUGUUCUCUUCCUUCUUUCAUCCUCAUCCAUCUCAACUUCCCUUUUAUUUCUUUCUAUACUCAAGAGGAAAGGGAUAAUUACACAUCGAAAAUCAAUUUCGUCCGGACACCAAACCCAACCGGAUUGAAUUUAUUGGCGAAACGAGCGAUUUUUCAGAUUGCUGCGUUUACACGGCAAGCGUGUCCCAUGAAGUCGACGGACGACGUUACGAGAGUAGUCGAGGAGUCGAGGUUCAUACCAAUCGACGCGAGACAAGGAGUUCGUUCGAUGGGCGAAAGGUGAAUAUUGAAGUGAAAGAGAAACGAAGAAACGAGAAAAAAGUGGAAGUGGAAGAGGAAGAAGAAGAGGAAGAAGAAGAAAAAAAAGAGGAAGAAGAAGAAGAAGAAGAAGAAGAAGAAGAAGAAGGAAGAAAAGGAGAGAGAAGAAGAAGAAAAUUCGACAAGAUGUAUAAAAUCUUACGUCGAGGUUCUGGACGUCUAUUCGUCUUAUGCGUUGUCGUACUAUCUCUCCUUCUCUGUCUUUAUUACGUGAAUCAGGCCCAAGCACCGUCCACCGCCUCGUCGGCGGCCAUUUUAAACGAGGAACUUCGAUACGAUCGAAGCUUGACAUCUAUCACACCGGAUUACAGCGAAGUACCAGAUUCUAGGAUAUCAUUGGCCACUUGUCCUGUCACCGAAUCACGACACGCUGACAUCGACGCACAGCGAGAAUUUGAGAAGUUCGAUUUCCAGCCAUCUUGGAUGCGAAGUCGAGAAUAUUGGGACGAUAGUUUCGAGGCACGUUACGCUGAACUGAGGAAGGAUCCCACGAGGCCACCUUUGAAGGUUAUCUUGGUGCCACAUAGUCAUACAGAUCCAGGAUGGCUGAAGACAUUCGAGCAAUAUUUCCACAGUUCGACGAGGAGUAUAUUAAACAACAUGGUCUCGAAAUUGCAACAAUGGCCAAACAUGACGUUUAUCUGGAGCGAAGUGUCCUUUUUAUCACUUUGGUGGGACAGUGCUCAUCCUACGAAGAAGGCGGUCAUAAAGAGAUUGGUCAAGGAUGGACGUUUAGAAAUGACUACGGGAGGGUGGGUGAUGACGGACGAGGCAACUUCUCACAUUUAUGCUAUGUUGGAUCAAUUGAUCGAAGGACAUCAAUGGCUGAAGACGAAUCUAGAUGUGACCCCGGAAUCUGGUUGGUCCGUCGAUCCAUUCGGUCAUGGUGGAACGAUUCCUUAUUUCCUAAAAGCUUCUGGAGCAACUGGAACGGUAAUUCAAAGAAUACAUUACGCUUGGAAACAAUGGUUCGCGAAGAAACAGUACGGUGACUUCAUUUGGCUCCAACCAUGGGAUCAGAGUGGUAAUGCCGACAUGUUGACGCACAAUCAACCCUUCGACAUCUACAACAUCAAACAUUCCUGCGGACCGCAUCCACAUGUUUGUCUCAACUUCGAUUUUCGUAAGAUACGAGGCGAAUACACCGAAUAUUCUGUUAGAGCAGUUGAAAUCACACCGAACAACGUCAAACAAAUGGCCGAAUUACUUUUGGAGCAAUAUUCGAGAACUGGUUCUCUCUUCAAUCAUAAUGUCGUAUUGAUGCCUCUCGGAGAUGAUUUCAGGUACGAUCAUGCGAUCGAAUGGGACCAGCAGUAUACGAAUUACAAAAUCCUCAUGGAUUACAUAAACAGUCGCAAGGAAGAAUACAACGCCGAGGUAAUCUUUGGUACUCCGAAGGAUUACUUUCAAGAAAUUCAAAAACGCGUAGAAAAAUUCCCCAGCUUGAAGGGAGAUUUCUUCGUCUAUUCGGAUAUUUUUAGCGAGGGUAGACCAGCUUAUUGGAGCGGUUACUUUACAACAAGACCAUACAUGAAGAUUCUCGAUCGAGAAUUGGAAGCUAAUUUGAGAUCAGCCGAGAUACUUUAUACCAUCGCUUUGAACGUAGCGAAACAAUCGAAAAAGGACAUAAAACUCUACGAGACGUAUUUCGAGAAACUUGUGAAGGCCAGAAGAAAUCUUGGAUUAUUUCAACAUCACGACGCUAUCACGGGAACUUCGAAAUCAUUUGUAAUGAAGGAUUACGCGUUGAAACUCUUUGAAUCAAUCUCCGACACUACCAGCCUGCAGAGUUUCGCGAUUCAAUCGUUAGCCGCUACAACUAACAAACCAAACUCUGUCUACGUCCUGGCGGAAUCUGAUAGAGACAGCUAUGAAAAACUCCCAAAGAAGAUACCCAUCAAUAUGAAUGGCCAAGAGACACGAAAGAUCGUUCUAUUCAAUCCUCUUGCUCAACCAAGACAAGAGGUGAUCAGUCUAAAGGUUACCUCGUACAAGGUACGAGUGUUGGAUCCACAAAAGAACCCGAUACCUUAUCAGAUAGCACCGGUGAUGAACGCUACGAGCAUUACGCACGACGUUUACGUUCUCCUCUUCGUGGCUGAAUUGAAACCGCUUGCGAUAGCGACCUACCAUCUGCAACAAGUGGACAAGGUCCCUAUGGACGCAAUAUCUACGAUCUAUUGCAGUAGAUGCGGUAAGGACAAUGUUUUCACGAUAAAACCAAUGCAGAUCGGGGACGUACAAUUGGAGAAUCAUAGAAUGAAAUUGCUCUUCGAUGGUCAAACCGGUUUUUUGAAACGUGUUGCAAAAAAAUCGACCGGUAAGAUAAUGCAAUGUGCCGUACAGUUUGCUGCUUAUCCAUCUGCACAAUUCCACAGUGGUGCUUACCUAUUCAUGCCGGAUCCGAAUCUACGUGAUACGGACAAGGACGUAUUGGAGGCUUAUACGCCGCAUCAAAAGAUUUAUAUCGUCAGUGGCAGUCUAAGUUCACGUUUGACGGUCGAAUAUGGUAAAUUAUUGACUCAUCAUGUAGCGAUAUAUCACAGAGAUGGUGGCUUGGGCGAAGCAAUAUAUCUCAGAAACAUCGUCGACUUUGAGACACCACCGAAGAAUCGUGAAACCGAGAUGUUUAUGAGACUUCAAACGGAUAUAAUGAACGGUGAACCACCUGAGAUCUAUACCGAUCUGAAUGGGCAUCAAAUGAUAAAGAGAAGGAAAAUAGAGAGAAUUGGUAUAGAGGGUAAUUAUUACCCUAUAACGACGAUGGCUUACAUCGAGGACACCAAUCACAGAUUGACUCUAUUGGUUAACCAUUGUCAAGGUGCAGCCAGUUAUCAGCCAGGAUGGCUCGAGGUUAUGCUGGAUAGAAGGACACUCUAUGAUGACUCUAGAGGGAUGGGCGAGGGCCUUUUGGACAAUAGAAGAACUGUAAUAAAGCAUUGGUUGUUACUCGAGGAUGUUGUGGGUGCUAGGGAUAAGUACUCGAAGCCAUCUCUGUUUGCCAAUCAUCUUAGCAAUGCCUUGAACUAUCCUGUAAAUAUCUUCGUAGUCGAUGGUACCGAAUCAGAGAUCGUCAUGACGCCAGAAGUUAGGCUUCUUAGCCAGAGUUUCCCUUGUGAUCUUCACUUACUCAACUUGAGGACAAAUCAUGAUCAAAAAUUACCACAUUUUCCAGUUAAUAACGCUCUUAUGGUUUUGCAUAGACAAGGUUACAGCUGUUCGGUUGGCGCUGACAUAACCCUAAAACAUUGUCCUUUGAGCGAUCGAUUAUCGCAAAGCACGACGUUCUUCAAGUUGUCUAAAUUGAACGUCACGAAAACGUCUCUGACAGGUACAAAAACAAAACGUCAUUUGACGGACGGUCUUCAAGAAAUUGGAUUGGAGCCAAUGGAGGUUGAAACGUUCAAUGUUAAUUUCCUUCAAUGAUCUUAAGCCUCCCUCUCGGUUCAAUAUAUGAAAAUGGUCAUAACAUAUUUUGUUAGAACCGAGGAAGGACUUUAAAGAAUUGGUCUCUUGUUUUUUUUUUUUUUUUGUUUUUUUUGUUUUUUUUUCUUAUUUCUUUUUUUCAAAGAGAACACUGCCGAUCAUUCGUUACUGGCUAAUAUCAUUCGUCCAAUCGACGAAGAUUUUUGUAAAUAUAACCUUAUUACGCACCAAAUAUUCGUCAUUUGCGAAUUAAAAACGUGCGCCUUAAUGAAUACGAUCAAUCGAACGUUGUUUUUCGAUCGAUCUAAUACAUUUUCGGAUAGAAAUAAAAUAUUCAUAUAUUAUUCGAGAGUCAACACCAAUUAUGUUUCUUCCGCAAAUGUACGUCGAUCGAUUUAGCGAUUGUUCAAAUUUAUUCGAACGGGAGAUCGUUUGUUGAAAACGGAUUUAAUCUUUUCGAUAUUAUAAACGCGAAAAUCAAUAUCAAAUUUAAUGAUAACGAAUUUAACAACACCUUUUCGAUACACCUUCAAAACUUUUACGUUGUACUUAUAGAUUUUUAAUUUUUAUUUAAAAAAAAAAUAAGAAGAAGAAAAAAGAAAAUUGGGUCGGUCUAUUGUCGCUCGAAGAUAUAAAGAACUCUACCUUAUCGAUAAAUCUAAAAAGAUACGGAUAAUAGCAUGAAAUUCGAAGGAACAUUUUCAAACGAUUGACAAUAUUUAUUUAUUUUAUCUUGUAUUUUCAUUGCCGAAGAGAACAUGGAUGAUCCUGAGUAAAAAAAGAAGAAAAAAAAAACAAGAAGAAAAGAAAAGAAAAAAAAGUAAAGAGAGAAAGGGGAAGUGGCGGGAAGAGAAAGUAUACUGACUUUAAAUAUGACGUAUACGUUUUCGACGAGUUUCUUUAACUUUUUAUCGAAGUCAAUACGUAAAAUUCUCAUCAAUCGUAAAAUUGGGAAUGUCGAUAAAUACGAAAAAGAAUCGUCGGGAAACGAAAAAUAUAGAGACAUUGUACAUAUCAAGCCAUAAACUUUACCGUAGAUCGUAUAUUACGAUAAGAAAAUAAUGUAAAUGAUAUGCACCUAUUUUCUUAUGCCAAACGUUUUAUCGCCAACUCUGUCCCUUUCUCUCUAUUGCGCUCGCGUGCGGUUUUUUGUUCUUCUCUCUCUCUCUCUCUCUCUCUCUCUCUCUCUCUCUCUCUCUCUCUCUCUCUCUCUCUCUCUCUCUCUCUCUCUCUCUCUCUCUUUCUUUCUCUCUAUCUAUCUCUCGUCGAAAAAAUAAUCUCUUGACUAUGUCGAAUCGAAUGUUCUUCCGAAAAAUAUAGUAUGUACAUAUGUAUAUACGAACAUACAUAUGUACGUACUUCUUUCAAAUGUGAUACAUGUUAUUUCUCGAUUUUUUAGUUCAUUGAUAUUUCGACAAAAAAAAAAAACCCCCCCGAAAAAUUCGAAACCGAAAUUUGAUUUCUGGCAAAAAAGAAAAAAAAAUAUAUAUAUAUAUACAGAAAUUUGAAUGAUCUCCAUAUAUAUGUAUAUAUCUGUAGAUCAUUCAAAUUUUACAUAGAAAAAGAAUUUCUAAUUGGAAUGUACUCAAUUAGAGCGUUUUGAAAUUCUUCCAAUGUUAAACCUCAAAAUGAAUUCAAUUGAAUUCAAUGAAGCGAUCAAGCAAAUAUGACGUUACUUUUAUAUAUAUGUAUAUUUUUUUGUUUUUUUUUAUUUUUUAUUUUUUGAAAAGAUAUAAACGAAAAAUCGAAUGUAGCCGACGUUCACCGAUCAGACGACGAAGCUCAUGUAAAUAUUAGAAUAAUUAACAAUAACGUCGUACAUUCCUGGUGAAUUUAACGUCGAGCUAGUUGAAAUCGAAAUUGAAAUUACCGAUUGUAACGAAUAUCUUUCUAUUACUUUUAUAUAUAUUUAAAAAUCAUUUAAAAAACUUUUUUAAUGAUUCUAUUCUUUUUUCUUCUUAUUCAUUACAACGUCAUUAAGCAAAGAUCAACUUCGCGAACGUCUUCGACAAGUGCUUUUAAGUACAAUCCGAAUAGCAAAGAAAUAAAUAUUCAAAUCUCGAUGAAAUUUCUUCCACUUUACGGUGCGAUAUGUUGAACUUAAAAGAAAAAAAAAAAAAAAGAAAAAUGCAGUGUUCUUAUCCAGAGGUUCAGCUUUUUAUGAGAUACACUCGCAACACGGGUUUAAACGAUGCGAGCCAAUGCAAAAAUGCGUUUAUAGGUUAUAUAUAUAUAUAUAUAUAUAUAUAUAUAUAUAUAUAUAUAUAAUGUAUAUGUAAAUAGACAAUUAUUGUCGACAAAAUCGUUAAGUUACUUAGGACGUAAAGAAAAUCAUGAAAGGAAUUUACGAUGGUAUUUACAAUGGCACGAUCGCAAGGCAGAAUUUGCUUUUGCUAAAAAAUUCCAUUCCUUCGAAGGAUCGGCUCUGAUAAAAAUUGUAUUAAAAUUACGAUGUAAAUGUUACUCCGUUCUUUGUUUUCGAUUAUUUUCCAAAGUCGAUCUUGCCAAUGUUAUUUUUUCCCUUCGCUCAAAUAAAUAGAAAAAAAACAAAUCAGAAAAAAAAUAAAAAUCGAAAGAAAUCUGUUUUACCAACGGAGAGACGCUAUAGAAACAAAGUAAUUGAAUUUUUCACGUCGAGCUGUAAACUCGACGUGGACUUCGCAUAUAUUUGCUCGGAUUAAUCGAGCAUUCGAAAUUGCGAUAUCCGCAAUGAAUGAUUCUCGAUAAUUUUGCGAUUAGAGUAUCCUCUUUUCGGAGGGAAACCCGAGAGGGCUGAUGGAGAGAUCAACGACGAUUGGUCUUGCCCGUUGUAACGAUAUUGUAAGAUAAUCUGUGUUUGUGCUGUCUCUAGAGAAAAAGAAUUCUAUAUGAAAACAAAGAAAAAGUAUAUAUAUAUGUAUAUAUAUAUAUAUAUAUAUACGUAUAUACAUAAAUGAAUAUACAAAAAUAUAAAUAUAUAAAUAUAUAUAUAUAUGUAUAUAUAAAUAAAUAUAUAUAUAUAUAUAUUCGCCGUCGCUCGAGAACAUAAUUUGCAUACUUACUGCGUAACUAUUUCGAUAAGCGACGACGACGAUUAAUAACUAACGAAAACAAAAAAAGAAAAAAGAAAAAAAAAUACGCGAUAUUCCUUAUGUUACGAUGUAAUAUUAUAUUUAUUAAAUAAAGAUAGUAAGCGAUGUAUUUUAAUUAAUCGCGUGGUAUGCUGCUAACCCAGUGUAUAAGUUCCAAAUUACUUAGACGAAAUUGAAAUGAGGAUUAGCGAAAGAUGGUGGAAAAAAAAAGAAAAAUAAAAAAAAAAAAAAACAAGUAGCAUUCGCGUUUGCCAGAGAGAUGGAAAGAAAAA